AUGGCAGCGACAACGGCGGCUGUGGUGGCAGUGGCGGCGGUGGUGGUGCUGACGACGGUGGCCGCGGGGGCGUUGGGGGAGAUUGUAGCGCCGAGGGACUACAACAUAUCGCCGCCGCCGGUGUACAACUGGACGACGACGCCCGAGCCGGUGGAGGACUCGCAAAGGGCGUUCCGGUGCUGGGGGUACCUGGCGCGGGGGAAGGCGGUGGGCGAGAUGCGCAACUUCCUGGUGAACGGAACGCUGCCGUCGAGCAACACCUGCGACGGCGUGAACCGGCUGCAUCCCUACUGCUGGCCCGAUAUGUUCAACAUCUUCUGGCAGGUCACCCCCCGCCGCAUCCACCGCCUUCGCAAGUUCUGCCUCCAGAACGGCACGCUCCCCCCCGCCGACCGCUUUGACUUCGCCUAA